UUACAGCGAUGGGAUAACUUCAAAAGAGAAAACCCCAAGGCAUGCCAUGCCGUAACUUUAAUAAGCGGUGCAAGUCAAUGUCUGGCUGAGGCGUGUACGGAGGUAGUCACCUUGUAUUAGAAUGUAAUCGUCGAGACCUUUGAAAAUAGAUUGAUUUAUUAUCUUCGAUACAAGAUUCAAAUCAUGUUUGUGGAGUAUGAAUCGAAACGACGUUCAUAAUAUUGCUGUAAAACAUUGUUAUCAAUAUAUCUGUCAAGGGAAUCCAGUGUGGCCAACAAGUGAAACUGUGAAUGAUGAUACAAUAAGACAAAAAGUUGUUCAAUUUUGCCAGCCUCUGAGGGACAUUCUAAAUACCAAAGUAACAGUGAAAACUCUAUCGGAAUCCCCUGGUAGAUUUACUCCUUUGUUGAUACACUUGCUCUCUAUCAUUGAAUCUGAACACGACAACCAUUGUGAAUACGAUGUAAGAAGACUGUCUCUUCCGCGGCGAUUUAGUCUGUUCCCAACACCUUCCUUGCACUGGCGUUCUAUAACUUUGUCAGUAAACGCAUUAUCUGCGUUUCUUCCUCGUGAAAAGUUGCCAAGAGGUUAUAAUGACCAACUUCGGCUCUUUUUUAAAGUAUUAAAGUUCCAGUCAUUGAGAAUUAAAACAAUUGAAAGUAUAAUGCCGAAUGGCAGAAAUAGACAGUUGUUUGGAAACUUGAUCAGAUCAGACGGUUUCAGUGUUGAUUUUUUGUUCUACAAAAGACGAAAUGAUCAAAAUGAUAUGGCUGUCAAAGUUAACCAAAUACACCUCAAAGUCGAUGACUUUAAGAGUCAAGAAAUAGAACAGUCAUAUCUUCCAAUAGCAAUUGACCCUGGAAGAAAAACCGUUUUUACUGCAGUUACCGAUUUAGAUCGCGAUGUUCGACGAUGCACAACCAAGGAAUAUUAUCAUUUGACAGGUUCAGCAAGAUUCAGUUCUGAAUUGAACAGACUAAAAAAUGAGCGUGGCAUUAACAUCAUAGAAAGCUCUAUACCAACCAACAAGACUUCUGACUCAGAAAAGUACUUGCAGCAUGCCACUUAUAUUUUCAAUAAUUUAGAUACUCUGUUCGAGUUUUAUAACGCUGCUACGGCAAAGGACCGUUUCUUCUUGUACCAAGGAAACCAAAGGGCGCCAGAGUUAAUGGUAAAUAUGUUGCUGAACGGAACUAAAAAGUACAACAGAAGUUUAAGAAGCAAAAAGAAAAAGAAAGCGAAAAACAAAAAGAAGAAGAAGAAAAAAGGGGGUACCAAGAAGAAAAGAAAGGGAAAAGAAGUUAAAAAGAAAUGUAUUCCAAGGUAUUUGUAGUUAAAAAAAAACCCCAGUAAAUUAGUAUUAUUAUUAUUUUUACUGAAAAAGUGCAUGUAUACAAAUGUAUCUGAUAGAGAGACUAAAUAUAAAAACUACAAAUCAAAGGUACCCUUGGUCGUAUUUGGGGUCGGAAUGUUU